AUGGCAUCCAUCACCAGUAUGAGCGAUUCGAGUGAACCGCCGAAAGUGGAACGCACGACGAAUGGGCUCAAUGAGCUCGAGUAUGGCGAGAUCCACACGAAACCCGCUCUCAUUAACUAUGUCGCGGCCGUCUUCGCCGGCAUCAUCUCCUCCGUCAUCUCGGAGAACUACACCGAGUUCCACGCAUACUUUGACGCAAGCCCGAGCGUAGUCGGUGCCAUCGUCAGCGUGUUCGCAGGCGGCGCGUUCUUCGGUGCCGCGCUGGCAGGACAGACGGCCGAUCGCCUGGGGCGCAAGCGGACGAUCCAGCUCGGCGCCCUAAUCGCCGUUGUGGGGUGCACGCUGCAAACGGCGGCAGUGCACGCGGCGAUGCUCAUCCUGACUUCAGGUGGGAAGGCUUGUUGCCGGCUUCGCCGUCGGCGUCCUCUCGAUGAUCGUGCCGCUGUACCAGGCCGAGAUCAGUCCCCCACACGCACGAGGACUGCUGAGCGGAUGGACGCAGCUGGUACGUCUAGCUGUUUCGCGGGAGCCAAAGCUGACAUACAGGCAAUCAGCGCCGGUUUCUUCGUCGCCAACUGGGCCGGGUACGGCUGCCAGUUCAUAAAGGGCGAGGGGCAGUGGCGAGUCCCUCUCGCGCUGCAGAAUGUCCCUGCCCUGCUCCUCUUCGUGGGCAUGCUGUACCUUCCCUACUCGCCGCGAUGGCUCGCGAAAGUGGGCCGAACGGAGGAAGCCCGCUCGACUCUGGUUCGCCUGCACGGUGGCCGGAGGGCGGACAUGGCCGCCGUCGAUGCCGAGAUUAACGCGAUGCUGGCCCAGAUCGAGUGGGAGCGUAGCGUGAAGGGAAGCUACCUCGACCUUAUCCGGGGACGGGCCAACCUCCAUCGCACAGUUGCGGCGUGUGCAGUGCAGGCCAUGACGCAGUUCAGCGGCAUCAACGUGAACUCGUACUAUGGGCCGCAAAUCUACAACGCGCUCGGUGAGUCACAUCUCUCUCCCCUUUCUCGGGCCCUCGCCAGACUCCUGGGCCUCAGCUUAACACGAGCAUUGAAGCUGACCCCAGGCUUCAACGGCACCUCGACUCUGCUCAUCAACGGCAUCUCCGGCGCUUGGGGCAUGCUCUGCGUCUGGGUCUUCAUCACUUUCCUCGUGGACCGAAUCGGGCGCCGGCGGCCAUUGAUCAUUGGCUCCGUCCUCCUAUCCCUAGUCAUGGCCUGGCAAGCGGGGACGAACGCGCCCUUCGACAUUCACAAGCGCCACGGCGAAUCCUACACCAACGAAUCGGUCGGCAUAGCCGGGAUCGCGGCCACAUUCGUCUUCAGCUGGUUUUUCAGCUGGAGCUUCGGGCCCGUAUCGUGGAUCUACCAGUCUGAGAUCUUCCCGCUACAUCUGCGAGCGAGGGGGACGAGUGUCGCCACAAUGACGAACUGGGCGUGCAACGUCGGUAUAGCCCAGGCUACCCCCGUUGCGUUCGAGCACAUUGGGUGGAGAUACUUUCUCGUCUUUGUCGUGUGUAACCUUGCCAAUGGGGUGGGGGCUUAUCUCCUCUUCCCCGAGACGAAGGGGCGGACGCUCGAGGAGAUCGCGGUGUUGUUUGGGGAUACGAGUGGGCAGGUGCGGCCCGUCGUGUCUUCCGCUGCCACGUCCGAUCUCGAGAGCAAGGUCAGUGGAGCCAGCAGCCCGGGCGCAGUGUAA